AUGGAAUCAAUUGAGCCACCAUCGUUCUCGCUUGGGUUAGAUCUUGACGGUGCAUCGGAUCCCCAACCUGAAUCGGGUUCCUAUCAAUACCGUAGCUCCCCCGGCGAGGACGAGCAUGGAUUUUCAAGCCCUGUUCUCAAGCGGUUGCGACGGCCAAAUAGCAUCGAUUCUGCGAAAGAUGAUAGAGGCGUGGCCAGUGAGCUGUUAGGUUGCAAGGAGGAUCGCAAUGAUGACAUAGAGGAUCUCUCUUCUCCAGACACUGAUGCACCUGCCUCAACAAGAAGUCAUUUUUCUAGCUUCAGCCCAAGGGUUCCACUUAAUGGUUCUGGGGUUAUCUCUCGUGCAAAACGAAAGCAGUUGGAUGAUGUUCCAGCAUCUGCUGGCUCGGGGAUUGCUUCUGUUGCAUCAUUGUUUCAAAGAUCAACUCGUAGUCCUCUACGAAUGUUCCAGCUACUAGAUUCUGAUUCUGAAGAUGACCACCCAUCCACCAUCAGGGUAACUAAGAGAAAGGUAUCUGGAUCUAUGUCAUGCAUGGGAGAUCUUUGGAAAGAUUUUCCUCCAGGAGUUUCAAAGAUUCAAACACCAGCUUUGGAUGAUGUUUGUCAGGACUAUUUUAGCUCAAUCAAGACAAGCAACACAGCUGUUGCAAGUAGUAGCAAUACUGGAUUUGAUCACUUGACUGGCUUUCAGCAAACUCAACAAUUCUUGGAUAUUUCCCAGCCUUCUCCUCCAUCUCAUCGUUUCUUCUUGCACAGUGAUCCUAGGAUCCAGAAUUUAGCUAGACAGCGGUUACCAAACUUCUUGCCUCUGGGAAUUGUCAAUGUUAAAGAUAGCCGGGAAGAGGUGUCCCUUAUUGAUUAUAUGAAUCAAUUUGGCAGCAAUGAUAGUUCUAAAACAGGUGUCUCUAGCAUCAAAAGCUGCAGAAGAGGGCAACCAAAUUCAAAGGUUUCAAAGAGGCAAGAGUGCGCACAGGCUUCUGAAGGCUGGUUAAAUCCCAAAGCGAGAUCUGCAGCUCCAAAUGAUGCUGGGAAAAGGCGUGUAACAGCUAACAGUGGUUCUGCAGGUCAUUGGUUCACAUCCCCAGAAGGAAGAAAGGUUUAUAUCUCUAAAAGCGGACAGGAGUUCUCAGGUCAAAGUGCAUAUAGAUGUUACAAAAAGGAGACUGGAGGCGGGUUUAACAAGUCUAGUAAGAAACGACAGCCAAAGAAGAAGGCUAAGAACUUAUGA